UGCUUUGCUCCUAUCAUCAACUGUAUUUAAUCCUCCUCUAAAUGGAACAAAACCCUAAGGGUUCUUGUAAGAACCAAUAGCCGCCGGAUUGAUUUCUCUCGCUGUUUCCUCUCUUGAUCUCACUGGACCAUUUCCCACUACUUCUUAUCUAUUCUCUCCUGUUCUUUCACACCUUUCUUUUAUCUUUUCUGUAUAUACUAUCCACUGGGGAAACAUGUUCCUUUAGGAAUUUCUUGUCUAUAAUUAUGGAAACUAGUUACGGAGAACAUAGAGUGAAUUUUGCAGUCUGUUUUUGUGUUUGAUUAUUGGGUUUCAGCUUUCGGUGCAGUUUUAACAGAAAGCUUGAUUUUUUUUCUUUUUCCCAUUUCUUCCCAGUAACUGACAGUUAUAAUUGUGUGAAGUUGUUAAUAUGGAGCGUGGCGGCUUACGGUAUGCGGUGGAGAACGUGUGAGUUUUUGGGUUUUCUUAAGUUAGGGUUUGAUUUCUGGUGGUGGGUUGUGUUAUAGUUUAGCUGUGCGAUGAGGUUGGUGAUCAUGUUGGGACUUUGAAAAAUGUUGUCUGAAUUGGAAAGAAGACCGAUGCUGGGUAGUAACGAGGGUUCGUUUGGAGAUGACCUGGAGAAGGAGAUAGGGAUGUUGCUUCGUGAGCAACGCCGACAAGAGGCUGAUGAUCGUGAGAGAGAGCUUAAUAUAUUUAGGAGUGGAUCAGCGCCUCCAACCGUGGAGGGUUCUUUAAGUGCUGUGGGAGGGUUGUUUGGUGGUGCUGGUGUUGCCGGUGCUGCUGGUGGUGCUGGUGCCUUUUCGGAGUUUCAUGGGGCCAAGGAUGUGAAUGGGAUUGUUUCCGAGGAAGAACUAAGGUCUGAUCCAGCUUAUCUUACAUACUAUUACUCCAAUGUGAAUUUGAAUCCUAGGCUGCCACCUCCUUUGCUGUCAAAGGAGGAUUGGAGGUUUCAACAAAGACUUAAAGGUGGUUCGUCAGUUGUGGGUGGAAUCGGAGAUAGGAGGAAAGUGAACAGGGCUGACGAUACUGGUGGUAGAUCCUUCUUUUCUACACCCCCGGGUUUUAACAUGAGGAAACAAGAGAGUGAAGUGGAUAAUGAAAAAACAAGAGGUACUGCAGAGUGGGGUGGUGAUGGACUCAUUGGUUUGCCUGGAAUAGGGCUGAGCAAACAAAAGAGUUUUGCAGAAAUUUUCCAGGAUGAUUUGGUACGUAAUACCUCUGUUACGGGCCCUCCUUCUCGUCCAGCCAGUCGUAAUGCAUUUGAUGACAAUGAUAUCAUUAGUUCUGCUGAAGCGGAGUUGCCUCACGUACGCCGGGAGUCUACGACCACAGAUGCACCAAGGCCAGGAACGAAUGUUCAAGGAUCAUCUGCUUCCCAAAAUACUGGUCUGCCAGCUUCAUAUUCUUAUGCUGCUGCAGUGGGGUCUUCCUUAUCGCGAAGCACUACUCCUGAUCCACAGCACGUUGCUAGGGCUCCCAGUCCCUGCAUCACACCUAUUGGUGGUGGCAGAGCCAAUGCUUCUGACAAGAGAGGUGUUUCCAGUCCAGAUGGAUUUGAUGGUGUUUCAUCUGGAAUCAAUGGGUCAUCAGAUCUUAUGGCAGCAUUGUCAGCGAUGAAUUUGUCAGCAGAUGACAUGUUAGAUGGUGAUAAUCAUUUGCCAUCACAGGUUGAAUCAGAUGUUGAUAAUCACCGGAGAUAUCUUUUUGGUAGGCAAGGAGGUCAAGAUCAUGGGAAGCAACAUGCUUAUUUAAAGAAAUCUGAAUCAGCUCACUUUCAAAAUUCAAGUAAGAGCAGGAGCGUAUCUGAUCCUAAUCCUAACAAUGCAUCCUUGGACAGGCAGGUUGAGCUACAAAAGUCUAAUGUUCCUUCCAAUAACUCAUAUUUCAAAGGAUCACCUACCUCCCAUUUUAGUAGAGGAGGUAGUUUGCCUCCUCAGUACCAGCCUUUAGAUGGUACAAAUUCGUCAUUUAGUAACUACGGUAUGAGUGGAUAUGCUGGAAAUCCAGCAUUGGCAUCCUUGAUGACUAAUCAACUGGGCACUGGUAAUCUGCCUCCAUUGUUUGAAACGGUUGCUGCAGCAUCGGCAAUGGCAGUCCCCGGAAUGGACACGAGAAUUCUUGGAAGUGGUUUGGCUUCUGGAGCUACUGCUCCAUCUGAUGUGCACAAUCUUGGUAGGAUGGGAAAUCAAAUUCCAGGCACUGCUCUCCAGGCCCCUUUUGUUGAUCCCAUGUAUUAUCAGUACCUGAGAACAUCUGAGUAUGCAGCACAACUUGGUGCUCUUAGUGACCCCUCUGUCGACAGGACCUACUUAGGUAAUUCAUACAUGAACUUACUUGAGCUUCAGAAAGCUUAUCUUGGGUCUAUUCUCUCACCUCAGAAAUCUCAAUACAAUGUACCACUGGGUGGUAAAUCAGGAAGCUCCACUCCUCAUGGUUAUUAUGGAAAUCCUGCAUAUGGUGUUGGGUUGUCUUAUCCAGGAAGUCCAAUGGCAAACUCUGUUGUGUCGACUUCUCCAGUAGGACCUGGAAGUCCUGUUAGGCACAAUGAACUGAAUAUGCGUUUUGCUUCUGGAAUGAGGAAUUUAGCUGGGGUAAUGGGACCUUGGCAUGUAGAUACUGGGAACAUUGAUGAAAGUUUUGCUUCUUCUCUGUUGGAGGAGUUUAAAAGCAACAAAACAAAGUGUUUUGAGCUUUCUGAAAUUGCUGGUCACGUUGUGGAAUUCAGUGCUGAUCAAUAUGGGAGCCGAUUUAUUCAACAAAAGCUUGAAACAGCUACUACUGAAGAAAAAAACAUGGUUUAUCAGGAAAUCAUGCCACAUGCCCUUGCUUUGAUGACUGAUGUCUUUGGUAAUUAUGUGGUUCAAAAGUUUUUUGAGCAUGGACUUGCAGCCCAGAGAAGAGAAUUGGCCAACAAACUUCUUGGGCAUGUUCUGACACUGAGCCUUCAAAUGUAUGGUUGCCGAGUCAUCCAGAAGGCCAUCGAAGUUGUUGAUCUGGAUCAGAAGAUAGAGAUGGUGCAAGAGCUUGAUGGUAAUGUCAUGCGCUGUGUACGUGAUCAGAAUGGUAACCAUGUCAUUCAGAAGUGUAUUGAAUGCGUCCCUGAAGAUGCAAUCCAUUUUAUUGUCUCAACUUUUUUUGAUCAAGUCGUUACGCUCUCAACCCAUCCAUAUGGUUGCCGUGUGAUACAGAGAGUACUGGAGCACUGCAAAGAUCCUACAACACAGCAGAAAGUUAUGGAUGAAAUUUUAGGGGCAGUUAGUAUGUUAGCUCAGGACCAGUAUGGCAACUACGUUGUUCAGCAUGUUCUGGAGCAUGGGAAGCCUCAUGAGCGUUCUUCUAUAAUAAAGGAAUUAGCAGGCAAGAUUGUUCAGAUGAGUCAACAGAAGUUUGCGUCCAAUGUUGUGGAGAAAUGUUUGACCUUUGGAGGUCCUUCUGAGCGCCAAUUACUAGUACACGAGAUGCUUGGCUCCACAGAUGAAAAUGAGCCUCUUCAGGCCAUGAUGAAAGAUCAGUUUGCAAAUUACGUUGUACAAAAGGUGCUGGAAACGUGUGAUGAUCAGCAGCGCGAACUGAUUCUUUCACGAAUUAAGGUUCAUUUAAAUGCAUUGAAGAAGUACACCUAUGGGAAGCACAUCGUUGCACGUGUAGAGAAACUUGUUGCUGCUGGAGAAAGGAGAAUUGCAGCUCAGUCUCCCCAACCUGCUUAGGUGGCUUAGAAAAUUAAUAUUGUACAGCUAACUGAGGCUAGUGUGAGCUGCUGUUGCUGCUUCUUGUUCUUGUUCCUUUUUCCAAAUGAAGAGGUUAUGGUUCCUAUCUAUGAAGAUGGGUUGUAGCCAGUUGGAAAUAAAGUUGUCGGUUGUACUGCAGAACUGUACAUUUUGUAGCUUUAAGUCUAUACAAAGAAUUUAAGGUGAGACGAGGCUCAUGACCUGAGGCCCCUGCAGAGGAGAUAAAAUGAAAUUAUGACUAUACAAGCCUUUUUAUGGUGUAAAGAUUAUAAGAUGGUGAGGUAGUUUAUAAGUUGACGUGACUGUACAAAAUCAUGCCAUGUGGAGACCUGUUCUUGUGUAGACGAGGACAGCUUUUUUCCUUCUCACUCUUUUAGUCAUGUAUGGUUAUUUACUUUCUUUCCCCUUUCAAGGAGUAUAGUUUUUCUUCAAACUUUA